UCGUGCCUGGCGUCAGCUAAUUUGUCGACCUCUUACAUGUCUUUGAAGACGUGUUGACUUUGAGAGACAACGGAUAUACCCAAUCUCGAACCUGACCUCUCAAAUCAGUGAAAGAAGACAGUAGACUGACUCCCUAUUUUGCUGUUUCACUGUAUUCGGAAGGUUUUGGUUGCUGACAAUUUCAGGACAAGAAAUUGCUGUGGAGAACGCGGUUUGGCUGGAGCAGAUCCACAGUGAGGAGCCUGUUCGCAUUUCACCGCUGGUGCAAGACAAUGGAGACAGAAAUCGAGCAGCAGGAAGAAGAGACCACUUUCAGCAACACUGACACUAACGGUAAACGCCCUGCCGAGGACAUGGAGGAGGAGCAGGCCUUCAAGCGCUCUCGCAACACUGAUGAGAUGGUGGAGCUGCGGGUACUGCUGCAGAGCAAAAAUGCUGGAGCUGUUAUCGGAAAGGGUGGCAAGAAUAUAAAAGCCUUACGCACAGACUACAAUGCCAGUGUAUCUGUCCCUGACAGCAGUGGCCCAGAGCGGAUCCUGAGUGUGAGUGCAGAUAUUGAGACUAUCGGAGAGAUUCUGCUGAAGAUUAUCCCUACUCUGGAAGAGUACCAGCAUUAUAACGGGAUUGAUUUUGACUGCGAGCUGCGUUUGCUGAUCCAUCAGAGUUUGGCUGGAGGCAUCAUUGGGGUGAAGGGUACCAAGAUAAAGGAGUUAAGAGAGAACACCCAGACUACCAUCAAGCUAUUCCAGGAGUGCUGUCCUCACUCCACUGACCGAGUGGUUCUGGUUGGAGGAAAGCCAGACCGUGUCGUCGAUUGCAUCAAAGUUAUCCUGGAGUUGGUAUCUGAGGCUCCUAUCAAAGGGCGCGCCCAGCCUUACGACCCCAACUUCUACGACGAGACAUACGACUACGGCGGCUUCACCAUGAUGUUCGAGGAGCGGGGCCGGCGGCCUAUGGGGGGGUUCUCCGUACGGGGCCGGGGUGGCUUUGAGCGCAUGCCCCCCGGCCGCGGCGGCCGACCCAUGCCCCCCUCCAGACGGGACUAUGACGACUUGAGCCCUCGCCGGGGACCGCCCCCUCCCCUGCCAACCAGAGGGCGUGGAGGGAGCCGAGCUCGAAACCUGCCCCUCCCCCUACCACCACCCCCAAGAGGAGGGGACCGGUUCUCUCAUCAGAGCUAUCACGGCAACAUGGACGACAGACCAAACAGCGACAGGAGAGGAAGACCAGGAGACCGCUACGACAGCAUGAGUGGUGGAUACGGUGACAACACUUCCUCGUGGGAGCCCUUUCAGUCUGGUGGCCGAGGGUCAUACAGUGACAUCGGGGGUCCCGUCAUUACGACACAAGUUACCAUCCCCAAGGAUCUGGCCGGCUCCAUCAUUGGGAAGGGCGGACAGCGGAUUAAGCAGAUCCGUCAUGAGUCGGGAGCGUCCAUCAAGAUCGACGAGCCACUAGAGGGCUCCGAGGACCGCAUCAUCACCAUCAAUGGAACACAGGACCAGAUCCAGAACGCCCAGUAUCUACUGCAGAACAGGCACGUGCUAGCACCCUUUCCUCGUCUCCGCUGAAAGCAGUAUGGUGGAAACCUAUUCAUCCCUGUCCCCUAUCCGUGUGUGAAGCAGUACUCUGGCCGGUUCUUCUAAAGAGGGAAGAAGAGCAAAUCUGCCAUGCCCGUUCGCUCCCUCUAUUCAGAGCCAACAUUCCUCUGCUUUGGGUAGUUAUGUGCCCCCCACCCGUCAUCUAACACCUUUUAAUAAGAAGUUUGGAAGUUCUCUCAAAGCUGUCGGAUGAGUGUAUCCCAGUAUUUUUUAUUUUUUUUGCCUUGCUUGUUUUUUGGGGGUUUUCUUUCUGGAUUAUUUUGCUGUUCUGUACUUGGAGUAAACUAACCUGUCUGUGUUCACUCUUGGCCUCCCCUGAGACGCUCCUCCUCCCAGUCAGUACAGCAUGCAGAAUGUAAUCUUGUUUUGUAAGAAACAUUUUAUGAUUUAAAAAAAAAAAUACAUUUCGUUUAUUUUUGCUUAUUUUUUCCCCCCGCUGAAAGAUAAGGGGCUGUAUAAAAAUGUACAGUUAUCGUGUCAUAGGAUGAAUAAGAGUGCUAGGAUUGUUUCAUUUUGUUGGGAGACUGAUAGGGCUAAAAAUAAAGUAUUGUUAAUUUUAAGUUUUCUACAUGAUUUCAGCUGGUUAACGGGGAGGGACUUGAUAUAAUUCCUUUAAUACAUAAUCAUUGACAUUUGGAUCCAUUUAGACUGGCUAAAGCCUGUUUUUUUUAAAUGUCGGUUUGUAAGCAUUUUUAACAUUUUAGAUGGGAUCUUUGUAGACACCAGUCAGUUUGGGAUGGGAAUGCAGCCUUUCUUUCCAUAUGAGUGGCAUGUCACCCCUGUUAAUCUCUACCUGUCUGUGGGGUGUAGUAUCUGCUGCAAGUCUGAGUAAUAAAGUCUGUGCCACCUUUUACUAAACAUGUGGGGGGAGGUUUUGUGUUAUUUUUCCAUAUUUCCUAGGUGAGAUAAAUAAAAUGGCAUUUUCUACAA